GAAAGCAACAGGGAAGGACAGGGUGGGCCAAGUGAGGCCCAGAGAGCUCUUCUCCCCUUCCUUGGAGCCGCCUGGGGUGGGGGGGCUGGACCACUUCCCCACCAUGGAGGCCUCUGGCUGGGCCCUGGGGCUUCUGCGGCCACUGCUGCUGCUGCUGCUGCUGCUGUUCCCUGGAGCUGAGGGCCAGAGCCAGGUGUGCUCUGUGGACCGCACGAGAGCCGAAGUGACAGAGAACGAGCUCCCUACAAACCCUUUGGCCAGAAUCACGGCACCCCCAGGGCAGACGGUGGUUGUGAGCAAUUUGUCCAUUCCUGCAGACAUCUUCUAUAUUAUGAAUGGUGAGCUGAGGCUCAACCAGGCCCCCGAUUAUGAGACACACCCUGUGCUGACAGCAAACUUAGAGUGCAAGACGGGGUCUACUGUGGUGACCAGGCUGCUGGUGGUUGUGGAGGUCCUCAAUGUUAAUGACAUGACCCCCUCGUUCCCUUUCAUCAACAAGGCCUGGAAUAUCAGCGAGGACACCAACGUGGGGACCACUGUCAUACCAGCCACGGAACUGACAGCCACAGACGAGGAUGGAGAUUUACUCUUCUACAGUCUUGAAGGGCAGAGCCCUGUGGAUGCACACCAGGUUUUCUCCCUGGCUGGGGUUAACUUCCCUGCCCUGCAGCUGGCCCAGGCUUUGGAUUACGAGAAGAACCCAACCCUGGUCCUCCGUCUGCUGGCCAGGGACACUCCCACGACGACAGAGCAGCCCAGCCACACAGCCACAGCCACUAUCACCAUCCAAGUGAUACCUGCAGACAUGCGACCUCCGUGGUUCCUACCCUGUCUGUACACUGAUGGGCGAGUCUGCAUCCACGCACAGUACCGAGGGGCUGUGCCCACUGGCUCUGUCCUGACAUCGCCCCUGACCUUUGAACCUGGGCCUGUCUAUGCUAUAGAUGGAGACACUGUCAUCAAUGAACAAAUCAGAUAUAGCAUUAUUGCAGGGAACACAGAUGAUACAUUUCUGAUUGGUGAGGACUCGGGCAACAUCACCAUGGCCAAAGCCGUCCCUGUUGCCAAGACCUUCAACCUGAUGGUCCGGGCUCAACAACAAGUGCACACCGGCAGCUAUUCUGUGACCCAGGUCACCAUUCAGGCAGAGGCUGGGCAGCUGUACCCACCUCGAUUCCCCCAGGCCCUAUACCGAGGCUGGCUGCCCCCAGGCACUGGCAUCAAUGUCGCUGUGAGGGAUGCAGAAGACCCUGAAAAAUAUCUGAGGCUCAGAGCUGAGGAUGAUGACUUCCCAGCAGGUGUGCCCAAUUCAGCCCUCCAGUACCGAAUCACCAACAGCUCAGCCUUCAGGAUGUCUGGGGAGAUUGUGAGGACCAAUGACACUGUAGGGGCCCCACAAGUGCUUUACCUAGAGGCUGAGGUCUUGGAUAUGCUGACCUCCGAGAAGGACACCACCACCAUUGAGAUCCUCAUCCAGGAAACAGAGCCCACCCCUCCUCCAGCUAUAGAUGGGACGACCUCAGUACCCCUGCUUCUCUCGACUACAAGCAGCCUGUGGACCCCUUCCCCCUCAUCAUCGGGGUCUUCCCUAGAGUCCACGACCCUGGGGAGUGGCACUCAGACCUCUCCCACCUCGAAGAACACCCCAACCAGAUCUCCUACCCAGGAUUCCCCAAAGCCCCCUGGCCCCGGCCCCACCCUGGUCCCCACACCCCCGGGUACCACUGUGAAACCCUCGGCUGUGCCGCCUACCCAGAGGCCCCCCGGCCCCACCCUGGUCCCCCCACCCACAGGCACCUCCUCUACCCAGGGGCCCCCCGGCCCUGGCCCCACCCUGGUCCCCCCACCUUCAGGCACCACUGUUAAACCCUCAGCCAUACCCCCUACCCAGUAUCCCCCAGGUCCCCCAGGCCCUGGCCCCUCUGGGGGCUCCCAGACUGGAGCACCAGGGGGCACCACGGGAGAAACAUCAACAAAUCCAGGUGGCUCCUCCGGAGGCCAGGAGCAGCAGAUGUUUACUAUGAACGAGAUGGCAGUCAUGGGAGGGGUGCUGGGAGCCCUGCUCUUCCUGACCCUGGUCCUGCUGGGAGUCUUCAUCUACAAGCACUAUGGGGGCCAGAUGAAGUGUGGUGUCAGCAGCAAGCAUGGGAAUGACCUGAAUGAUUCAGGUUAUGAUAACAAAACUUUCCAAGCCCAGGAGUCAUCCAAUUGGGUUCCUUUCCCCAGCCCUAGCCCGGAGCCAGAGCCCUUGCCUCAGUCCCCCAAGGAUGACCCCCCAGGGAGGCCUAGCAAUGGCUCAGCCCCACAGACGCCUGAGGUCAAGAUGCCCAGCCCUGCAGUCAGAGAGGCCGAGGAGGAGGAGAAGGAGGAAGCCAAGGGCGAGGGGAGCAGGGGGACCAGUAGAGAGGGACCUGUGAGAUCCAUCCUGACCAAGGAGCGCAAGUCAGAGGAUGGUGGGUACAAAGCUGUGUGGUUUGGGGAGGACAUCGGUGCCCAGGUGGACGUGGUGGUCAUCAACAGCCCAGUGCUUGAGGAGCCCGUGGUGGUGCCUGACGUACCCGAGGAGGACCUGGACGCGGCUCCAGAAGAGUCCGAGUUUGUCCUGGUGGUGUCUGAAGAGCCAGAGGUGCUCCUCACAACCGCUCCGCCCCGGCCGCUCUCCGUGGUGCUUGAAGUGCUGGAGCCUGUGGUGGUGCACAAAGAGGAGCCCGAGGGGCCCCCCAAGGAGCCUGCGGUGGAGCCCGAGGAGCCCCCCAAGGAGCCUGUGGAGGAGCCCGAGGAGCCCCCCAAGGAGCCUGCGGUGGAGCCCGAGGAGCCCCCCAUGGGGCCCAUGGUGGAGCCCAUGGUGGAGCCCAUGGAGCCCCCCAAGGAGCCCCCCAAGGAGCCCCCCGAAGAGCCCAAGGUUGACCAGAGCAAUGUGGAAGAGAAUGAGACCCGAGACAGGGAAAUGGAGGCACCACUGACACCAGCAGAGGACAAAGCAGCCCCUGAGGCCGACAGCCCACCCUAGCAAAGGGCCGAGUCCCACCUGAGGUCUCGGGGUCUCCCCCAGACUGGGGGUGUGGGGGGAGGGGGAUGACGAAGCCCUGUGCCCCUUGUGACUGUUCAUGAGCCUGGCUCUGGUCAUUACUGACUCUGUGGGUCUCUGCCCCUCCCCCAUUAAAUGUGCUGAGCUGA